AUGAAUGCGUCUGAACACGCGUCGACCGAAAACGUGUUGCCGUUUGUCGUGUGCGCUGUCUGCAUAAGUCGCGUCUUGGUCGUGUGGGCUGGUGGAUUAAUGGCCCACGUGUCCUGUUCGCGCUAUACUGAGGUGAUUGAUUUGUCGGGUACCAAUACAAUCCGAAACGCGUCUUUCACCAUACAGCCCCAUGAACGACUGGUUGUUGAUGUCAACCUGGAAACGCAACUUCGUUCCCCGUGCUCUAUUUCUCCAACGUUUAGCAUCGCAGAUAUACUGGCACCACCCUUUGACGUGCACCGAGCUACUCGAGUAGAUGAAUGCCUCAGUCCGAAGUCUCCAGACGAGGCGAAGCCAUUGUUGGCGUCUGGAACAGCUACCCCGGCGGGUGAGUCUUCCGAUUCCCCUGGUCUUGGCAGUAUUUCUUUCAGCGGUGACAAAAAAAUGCCAUCCGCGUGCUGA